AUGAGGAAUGAGGAUGAUAUUCAUACUCUUUCUCUGAUCGACCUUGGUGGUCCUUCAAUGGAGGUCACUGGCAGUGCAGAGACGAUCGUCCCUCCUCUCUCUCGAUGCCCCAUAUGCCUCGACUUGUACGAUGAUCCUGUCAUCCUUUCCACAGGCCAAACCUACGACAGAUCCUGCAUACAAAAAUGGCUCUCUCAGGGCAACCUUACCUGCCCCGUCACAAUGCAGACCCUUCACGACUUCUCCAUGGUCCCUAACCUCGCCCUCCGCCAUUUAAUCCACUCCUCCCUCCGAUCGCCGCCGCCGCCGGAUCUCGCCGCCGUCAAACGGGUCCUCCAGUCGGGCCCCGCCCCAAUCGAGGACCGGAUCCGGGCCUUGGAAAUGGUCCACUCUCUGUCCAUGGAGCUGCCACUCAGGAACCACUCCUUGAUCGCCAUGGGCUUCUUCGAACCGGUUCUCGACCUCGUUCUUACACAACAUUUUCAGAUGGGGCCGCCGGCGGCGGAGAUGGCCGCCGUUUGUGCGAUGAAGCUGUUGCCGUACAGCGACUUGCGGCCUCUCCGGAAUAUUCUGCAAAAUAAGGCAAAAUACGAAGGGUUCCUCAGCCUGUUCCAACACGGGCGUGUUGCUAUCAACACGGCCCUCUGCCUUAUCGUCGAGGCCAUCGCUUCAAGUUUAGAGAUUCAAGACCUCGUCCAGAAGCUCACCGCCUCCGCCGCGCUCGUGCGAGAAGUCGUCGGUUGCAUCGCCGGAGAAAAUCCCGCCGCCGGGGUCAGGGCGGUGUCCGCCCUGGCGGCGUCGCGGCAGCCGGACUGCGUCGAAAGCCUCGUGAAGGGCGGCGCGGUCGAAGGGCUUAUAGAUUACGUGUCGUCGGAGAAUGAGGAAAAUGGGAGGAGGCUAACGGUGGCGGCGGUGGCGGCGAUCGACAGCCUCAUUUCGGCGGCGGAGAGUGCGAGGGAGGCUGUGUUAAGUCAUCCGAAAGGUGUGAAGACUAUAGUGAGGAUGGUGUUCAGAGUGUCGGACGGCGGCGAGAGUGAGAGCGCGGUGAAUUCGGUGGCGGCGCUGUGCUCGUGGUCGGCGGCGGCGCGGGAAAAGGCGGUGGCGGAAGGGGUGGUGAGGCAGCUGCUGGUGCUGCUUCAGAGCCAGUGCAGUGGGAGGACUAAGGGGAAGGCGAGAAUGGUGCUGAAGAUGAUUAGAUUAGGGCAAGAUGGAAUGAACACGUGA